GCACAGGACCAGGAGCAAGAAAGUUAGGGCAUCAUGCAUUGUUGGAUAGCCAUUAUGGCUCAUGAUUCUGAUUCAAUUAUUAUGCUGACUCCCUCAUUCUCCUCAUGGUGGCUUGAUCAUGUCCCCCGAGAAGGAAGGAGCCGCAUCUUCUGGAGUACCUCCACGCGCCAAAGUUUAAAUGAUAUGUAUCAUGGUAGGAAAUAAGUUUCCUUCCUCCAGAACAAGGCUCCUACUCUGAUUCCAACCGAGUAGAAGUGCAAGUCCUGUGGUCGUGCUACUCCACCUAGUAGAUGAAGUACUAUUAUUUCUCGCAGAGAUAUGUAUUAAUGUUAAUCAUAAUCUCGUCUCACAGUCUCUACGGUCAUCAGGAAAGUUCUUGGCAACAGGGACAUAGGCAUGCAUGACAUGGACGAGUGAGAGGCUGAGGUAGAUAAUACAGCGCGCUGAGUCCAAGUAGUUUCAUCCCCUGAAGUCGAAUCAUUUAUUUUAUCAUGAAGAUGUGCAUGGACACCAUGGAAACGCUUUCUAGGCGUGAUAUUCAUCUAAGGUCGUCGUUGUUCUCAAUAGGUACUAGGCUGGGUGGAAAUGUUGUUGUAAAGGGAAAGGAUUAUUACCAUUUAUCUAAUUUGAAUUUCUUUGCUACUGCUGUAUACCAAGGACCUCCUUUAAUAAUACCUACUUCUAAUACAACGUAAUUGCUGUUGUUCAGUUUUGUUUAGAGUUGUAGACAGGCACAGAAGACCUUCACAAGAAAACACACUAGAAACGAUGGAUCAUGUCGUACUGAUCAUGUUGUCAAUUAUUUUUCGAUUUUUUUUCGUAUCAAGAACAGAAGCAGUUAUCACAGAAGCAGUUAUCAUGCUCUUGCUCCUGGGUACCAAUAUCAUAGAAGCAUGAGCAACAUCAAGAACAUAACGUUAUAAGGAACUCUUCAUCUUGAUAAAGAAUAUUCCUCCACUGAAGAUGAAAGAUUCCUCCUGUAUCUUAAAAUAAUAAAGUGAAAAAUGGGAAGAUGAUAGAUUGUCCUUGUCGAGGUCGUCGUACCUACAAGGUACUAGAAGAUGUUGAUCAUGCUGUUGUAUAUUCGUCGAGCCAACUUCUCAAUGUUCAUGUUGUAGUUCAUCAAAUAGCUUUAUUUUUUAGCUACGCGGCCAACACCAAUCGCGAUUCUAGAUCUAGAGGCAGAGCUCCUGCAUAUUAGAACAACAAACUGAGACGACCACUUUGACCAAAGUCGAGUUGGUAGGAAAGUUUCUUAUUCCUACUCUGAAGAUUUCAACCGAGUAGAAGGGACUCCUUCCGACCACUUGGGCCAAAGUCGAGCAAGUUGUUAGUGGUCAAGUGUCAGCAGGACGAAAGGAUGCUGGUCAACAAUUGUAGUUAUCAAAAUACUUGCGUGCUUCAGCUUAUCCCAAGUAGAUGUUCACUGAUGUAAAGUGUGCUUGCUGUGCGCUUAUGUCUAUCUAUUUCUAUAAGCCUGGUUUCAACUAUUUCAAGAGGAAGAAGAACUGCAUAGACAAGACGAAUAUUAACAUCUAUCUUCCAACAUUGAAACAGAUGAACCAUGAAAAGACUGAAUACGAAUACCUCAACUGCAAUUAAAUUUGACAAGACUUGCUUUCAACUUGUUCUACAGAUUAAGAACAACUGCUUAAAAAAACUGACAAAAAAUGAUAUAUGAAGGCGAUCCACAAAAGGAGAGUAACGGGCAGGCAAAUGCGAAAAAAGACUCGGGC